ACAUUAUUUAUAAAGCGAUAAAAAUCCAAAUGAAACACGUUAGGUUGGUGGCGGUGAGUUGGAGCUUUGACCAGUUUGAGCACACGAGAAUUCAGUGGGCAUGUCAAUGGCAAAAAAACCUGUGAAAUACUCUCUGGUUGACGCGUUUACUGAGUCAGUGUUCAAAGGAAACCCUGCAGCAGUGUGUUUCUUAGAAGAGAAGAGGGACAAAAAGUGGUUGCAAGGAGUAGCUGCAGAGUUCAAUCUAUCUGUGACAUGUUACUUAACUCGCAUCACCGAGUCCCAUGGAACAACCUCUUAUCCUCGUUUUGAUCUCAGAUGGUUCACUCCUGUUAGUGAGAUUAACCUUUGUGGACAUGCGACCUUAGCUGCUGCGCACACAAUAUUUUCAUCUGGUUUGGUGGACACCGAUGUUGUCGAAUUUGUGGCUAUAUCUGGAAUAUUAACUGCCAAAAAGAUCCCAGCGAUCAAUAUCACUAGUGCCUCAGACUUGCAAAAGGGUGAAGCUCAGGAUGGGUUUUAUGUUGAAUUGAAUUUCCCUGCUGAUCCUGUUGUAGAAUUCAAUUUUGAUGAGACUUCACAAAUUUCUGGGGCAUUGAACGGUGCUUCCAUAAUUGAUAUAAAGAGGACACAAGAUGGAGGCGACUUAGUUGUUGUGGUCACUUCCGGAAGAGUUGUCGAGGAACUACAACCACAACUUGAUGCAAUAGUUAAAUGUCCUGGAAGGGGGUUAAUUGUUACGGGGAUUGCUCCUCCAGGCUCAGAAUUUGACUUCUGUAGUCGAUUCUUCUGCCCAAAACUUGGAGUCAAUGAGGAUCCUGUUUGUGGGGGUGCACAUUGUGCAUUGGCACCCUACUGGAGCAAGAAGCUAGGGAAGUGUGAUUUCAAAGCUUAUCAGGCAUCAGCCAGAGGGGGAGUUCUCAAUGUUCAUCUUGAUGAGCAGAACCAAAGGGUGCUUUUGCGUGGGAAGGCUGUUAAAGUGAUGGAAGGGUGUGUUCUGGUCUAGUCCUGUUCUUAGCAUUGCAGAUUAUAUUAUUGCAUCAAAGUAUGUUUCAGAUGACUAGAAUUGUAACUGAAAUUCUGAAGUGUUACGACACUUUAUUUUAUCACAUAAAAUAGGCAACCUCCGAGCAUUAUGUGUUUCAGUGUUUGAUGUCCACAAACAUGGUAUAAUAAUAAUACUUGUUGAUUUGAAUAAGAUGGUCAGGUCAGUGCUUUAGUUUGCAGGCCCUGCGUCUGGUCUCAUCAGUUCAAAUCAAUGCCAAAUUGGGAGAAAA